UGUUGCAUACAGAAAACCGGCCCUGUAACGCCCGUGGAGCGUGGACAUGAUGCAGCCUCGUCCCAGCCAAAGCCAGUAUUGCCAGGCCUCCCUUGCCGCAUCCUUCGCGGGCGCAGGGUGGGCACGGUCCAAGGCGAUAUGGCCGGUUCCCACUCGGCCAGCGCUGGUUCUUGCCGCCGCUCAUUCACGUCGGAAGAAACAGCAAUCCGGCGGCACCAGCCUCCACAAGGCUACUACCACCGCCGGUGACACAUCAAGUAGUCGGCUCGAAGCUAGGAGCCUCGCCGCCCAAGAGCACCGUGUGUAUGUCGGAGGCAAGCUGCUGCUGCAGUCCUUCUUGGAUUCCCCCAGUAACCAGCUCAGGCUCUCCUUCCAGCUCGUCAGCGCCACCGUGGCCGGAGGCGACGGGCGCGGGGUGAUGGGGGGAGAGGCUGUCCUGGAAUCCAUCCUCGGCGCCCGCGAGGAGACAGAGCUGGACGUUAAGCUGGCAUGGCACGCGGCGCUCGGCAAGCCAGGCGCGGUGGUCGUGACGAACCACUCCGACUUCCCCGUCUACCUCAAGCUGCUGAGCUGCCCAGCCGCUGCUGGAUCCGCCGGGAUCGCCGUUUGUUUCGCCUGCAACGGAUGGGUCUAUCCUGUUGGGAAGCACCCGCAUCGCCUCUUCUUCACCAACGACGCGUACGUGAAGGAGGACACUCCGAGCCCGUUGCUCGCGUACAGGGAAGAUGAGCUCGCCGUACUCCGGGGAGAGGAGGGAGCCGGCGAGCAGCCGUUCCAGGAGUGGGAUCGCGUGUAUGACUACGCGCUGUACAAUGACCUGGCGAACCCUGACCUGCGGAAGGACUUGGCGCGCCCCGUGCUGGGAGGAUCUCGGGAGUACCCGUACCCUCGCCGCACCAAGACCGCCCGGCCACCAACUCGGACAGAUCCUCUCACGGAGACCAGAGUUUCACUGGACAAGCAGAUUUAUGUCCCGUGCGACGAGCGCGUCGGUACUGCAGCCAUCGCAGCUCCAAGCCCUCCAAACCUGGGUGGCCACUUCAAGUCCAUUGCAGAAAUUUAUGGCCUUGUCGGCCUCGACGACGUCGGCCGGCUGGCUAAGGCGAAGCAAAUCAUCAACAGCGGUGCCGCCACGCCAAAAUUGCCCGUCCCACAAGUCAUUUCAGUGAACCCAAUGAGUUGGCGUAGAGAUGAAGAAUAUGCUCGGCAGAUGCUCGCUGGGACGAACCCGGUGUGCAUCAAGCGUGUCACUAAGUUCCCCCUCACCAGCGAACUUGACCGGACCGUCUACGGGGACCAGGACAGCAAGAUAACCAAAGAUCACAUUCAGAGGAACAUGAGUGGCCUGACAGUGCAGCAGGCUGUGGAGGAUGGGAGAUUGUUCGUCGUGGAUCACCACGAUUGGGUGAUGCCAUACCUGAAGCGCAUCAACGAGUUGCCAGGCGAGGAGGAGAAGGGCGAGAUCUCGCAGAGGAAGGCUUACGCAGCGCGAACCAUUCUGUUCUUGAAUGAUGACUCUACGCUACGACCUCUGGCGAUCGAGCUCAGCUCGCCGCACCCGGACGACGAACGGCUCGGUGCUGUCAGCACGGUGUACACUCCACCGGAUGCCAGUGAAGAGACCUUGUCCGCCGACAAGUUCACCGCGUGGGACCUGGCCAAAGCCCACGCCGCCGUGAAUGAUACCUCGAAGAACAACUUUGUCAUUCACUGGCUUAACGUGCAUGCCACCAUGGAGCCGCUCAUUAUUGCGACGAACAGGCAGCUGAGCGUGCUGCACCCCAUCCACAAGCUCCUGAAGCCACAUUUCCGGAACACGCUGCACGUGAAUGCCGUCGCACGCCAGAUCGUCCUCGGUUCAGGUGACAAAAGGAAGAAUGGCGAUAUCUUCCGUGGCAUACAGGAGGUCACCUACCUUGCAAGCAAGUACGCCCUGGAGAUGUCCUCAAAGGCCUACAAGAACUGGAACUUCACAGAGCUUGCUCUCCCUGCUGAUCUCAUCAAGAGAGGCGUGGCAAAAGGUGAUCCAAAGAACCCAGAGAAGGUUGACCUGCUGAUCAAGGACUACCCGUAUGCAGUGGACGGUCUCGAAAUCUGGACGGCAAUCAAGAAAUGGGUCACCGACUACUGCACCAUUUACUACACCAACGACAGCGCCGUCACGGGCGACAGCGAGCUUCAGGCGUGGUGGAGGGAGGUGCGUCACGUGGGGCACGGUGACCUGCAGGGCGCGCAGUGGUGGCCGGCGAUGGACCGCCUCGCCGACCUCGUGGAGACGUGCACCACCAUCAUCUGGCUGGGCUCGGCGUUCCACGCCGCCGUCGGCCUCGGGCAGUACGGGUACCAGGGGUUCGUCCCCAACAGCCCCACCCUCGCCUCGCGCCCGAUGCCGGAGGUCGGAGCGGCGGUGACGGAGGCCGAGUUCCUGGGGAGCAUCACCCCGAGGAAGGAGACGCUGGCGCUCAUGGGGAUGUCAGCCAAGUCGCUGGCGCGGACAGGGGAGGUGUUCCUGGGGCAGCGGCCGGACUCCGAGCUGUGGACUAGCGAGCGGCGCGCAGGCGAGGCGCUGACGCGGUUCCAGGCGAGGCUGGAGGUGGUCGCGGAUAGAAUCCAGAGGAGGAAUGCCGACCGGACGCUGAAGAACAGGGCCGGGCCGGUGGAGGUGCCGUACACACUGCUCACGCCAACGAGGAAGCCAGGGCCGGUCAUCCGCGGCAUUCCCAACAGCAUCACCAACUGAGCCCAGUCAGUCGUUCCAAUCAUGUUUUGUUGCUCAUCGGUUGGUUGACGAAUUCGACGUCUUGCGUAUUGGUUGCCUGGUUGACUGGUUUGAUGUAGUAACCUAUGGAUUACUCUAUUUUCUCAUGGCCAAUGAAUAUAUUUGCCGACUUA